AUGAGUGGAAUAUUAAGAGGUGAAAAUCCCUCACAACCUAUAGCGCAACAGACACGAUUGGGAUGGAUCUUAUGUGGGAAACUAAAGUCAUAUCAAUGCAACGUCAUACUAAAUAGCACUGAAGACUUACAGAGAUUUUGGGAAAUAGAAGACAUUGAAGAGUCUCCAUCAGUAGUGUCCUCGGAAGACCAAUAUUGUCUUGAGUUGUAUAAAAACACAACACUGCGCCAAGCAAAUGGAAGGUACAAGGUACGACUUCCAUUAAAAGAUAACUUUGAACAAAGUUUAGGUCUGUCAAAACCAACGGCUGUAGCACAAUUUCAUAGCCUGGAACGGAAGUUAGCGAAGCAACCCAAAACCGCGAGGCAAUAUACAGACUUUAUAAAUAAGUAUAAAGACUUAAGGCACAUGUCUCUUGUCGAAAAAAAGGGCUCGGAAAUUGGGUAUUAUUUACCCCAUCAUUGUGUAACCCGGGAACACUCGGAAACCACAAAACUACGUGUUGUGUUCAACGGGUCAGCAAAGACAUCAACGGGAAUUAGUUUAAACGAUGUAAUGUAUACAGGCCCCAACCUACAACAAGACUUGCAAUCCCUUAUAUUAAAAUGGAGAAGUUUUCGAUAUGUAUACACCGCAGAUGUGGAGAAAAUGUUCAGAAAUAUUGACAUCUUUGAGUGUGAUCAGAAAAUGCAAAAAAUUAUUUGGCGGGACACACAAACUCAACCGUUACAGGAAUACGAACUGACAACUGUAACGUAUGGCACAAAGGCGGCGCCCUUUUUAGCCAUGAUGACGCUAAAACAACUAGCUAUGGAUGAGAGACGUCGGUUUCCACGGGCAGCGGAAAUUACAGAACAAGCAUUCUAUACAGAUGACUUAAUUUAUGGGGCUCAUUCUAUAGAAGAAGGAUGCAGCAUGGUAACAGAGUUACAGGAUUUGUUGCAGGCAGGGGGCUUUAUGUUAAGAAAAUGGGCUUCCAACGAUCCAAGAAUAUUGAAAAGGCUUUCGGAAAAAAUUAACAGGGAUCAGAAUCAACAAAUAUUUACGUUUAAGGGGAUCUUAUUUCAAAAACAUUAG